AUGAACUUUGGCUAUUCUCAUCCCAAGAUCGCCAAAGCAGCUGCGGACCAAGUCCACAAGAUGCCGCUCAGUGGAACGGCUUACAUCAGCCCGUUGUACGUGGAAUUCGCAGAGCGGCUCACUAAAAAAUUCGGGUUUGACUCAAUUGCGACCAUGCUGAGCGGAUCUGAGGCAGUGGAAUCGGCCGUCAAGAUCGCACGCAAAUGGGCGUAUCUCAAGAAAGGGAUCCCGCAGGACCAGGCUCAUGUUCUCACUGUAGAUCAAUGCUACCACGGCUUGACCCUGUCUACCAUGCCCAUGGCCACAGCUUCCCACAAACAUUUCGGACAACAUCUUCCCAACAUUGGACCUUACGCUCCUACAAGUGGUAAACUUGUUCCUUUUGGGGACAUAGAAGCUUUGAGAGAAGUAUUUGAAGACGAUGGCGAGAGAAUUGCUGCGCUUUUCGUGGAGCCAGUCCAAGGUUGGGCGGGAACCAUUGUUCCUCCCAAGGGCUACUUGAAGGGUGCACAAGAAUUGUGCAGAAAGUAUAAUGUCCUCUUGGUUUGUGACGAGAUCCAGGCUGGGUAUGGCCGAACUGGAAAAGACCUUUCCUUUCACCACGAACCGGAGCUUGAGCCUGAUAUGGUGACAAUGGCCAAGGGCAUCACGGGAGGAUACUACCCCCUGUCUGUCAUUAUGGGCAAGAAGCAUGUCAUGGAUUUGGUAAACAAAAACGAAGUUCUUUCAACUUUUGGAGCUUCUCCUAUUGCUCUCGCCACGUUAGAUGUCCUGGAAGACGAGAAGAUCUCGGAGCGUUCUGAACGUCUUGGAAGAGUUCUGGAGAAGACGAUCCAGGAGCUUAACCCGCCACAUGUAAAAGAGUUUCGGGGAAUCGCGCUUUUUCAAUCUUUGGUUCUCGAUCAGAGUGUACCGGGCGUAACCCCCCGACGAGUCCAGGCUCUCGCUGCCCAUCAUGGUGUCCUUGUCGGUAUUGGUGCGGAUCGUUUGAGAUUUAGUCCACCGUUGACAAUUACAGAGGAGGAUCUAGUUAAAGCUCUACAUGUUAUUACUCAGUGCUUGGAGGAUGUUACGGCUUUGGGAGACUUUGCUGGGAGUGAGUUACUUAACUAG